UUGCUCACCUACAACAAAAAAUGUCUUGCUGCUCAAACCCUGUACAUACCCCCAAGGGUUUCAGCUCUUAUUCAGCUGUCCAUCCCCCCAUGGGGAACACAUCCCGGGUGAGCACUUCCUGCCAUACAAAGAUUGUUGGAACUGGUUAUGAAGGAGCUGACUGUUUCAGUAGCAGGAGCCUGGGGGUUGCCAACUCUUAUGGCACCGGAAGUGCUGUCAACAACUGCCUGCCUCUGAGGGGUGGAUAUAGCUAUCAGGACAGCAGCACCAGAUACAGCUAUUGUGGCAGCAGAUAUGGUUAUGGUAAUUUUAGGCGUUCGGGGGUCUGUGCCCCUGGUUCUCCUUAUAUCAGUCCCAUAACUUGCAAUGAGACCCUGCUGCGACCUCUCAACCUGGAGAUCGAUACCUCGGCUCAAGCAGCCAAAUGUCAAGAGAAGAACCAGCUCCAGUGCCUCAACAGCAAAUUUGCCUGCUUUAUUGACAAGGUCCGAGUUUUGGAGCAGCAGAACCUGAUGCUAAAGACCAAGUGGGACUUCUUGCAAGAAAGGAAGUCUCACAAAAGCAACAUGGAACCCAUGUUAAAUGAAUAUACCUGUGACCUGAAGAAAGAGCUGGAGUGCCUGGAGCAUGAGAGAGCACAGCUGCAGGCAGAAAUGAAAAACUGGAGAGAGACUCUGGAAUGUAAUAAGAAAAAGUUUGAAGAGGAGUGUCACCAAAGAUCAAGUGCAGAAAAUGAAUACGUCACAAUUAAAAAGGCAAUUGAUUGUGUUUUCAUGGACAAAUCAGAUAAAGAAGCCAAAGUACAGACCUUGAUGAGAAACAUCUGCUUUUACAGAGCUGCUUUUCAAAAGGAAAUCCAGGAGCUGCAGUCUUGCAUUUCAGACACCUGUGUCACAGUGCAGAUGGACAACAGCCGAGGUCUAAAUAUGGACUGUGUCAUUGAAGAAUUCAGGCGUCGGUAUGAAGCUAUAGCCUCCAGGAGCCGUGCUGAGGCUGAAGCUUGGUGCCAAUGCCAGUAUCAGGAGUUGAAAACAACCGCUGCCCAGAACUGUGACAGCCUUCGCAAUGCCAAGGAAGAGCUUGCUGAGAUGACUAGGGUGGUCCAUCGGCUGGAAGCAGAACUUUCAAAUGUCAAAGCACAGCGCUGCAAACUGGAAGCAGAAGUGGCUACAGCUGCGGAGCGUGGGGGAAAAGCUGUGAAAGAUGCCAAAGGCAAGCUGGCUGAGCUGGAGGAAGCCCUGCACAAGGCCAAGCAGGACAUGGCCUGCCAACUGCGGGAGUACCAGGCGCUGAUGAAUGUCAAGCUGGCCCUGGAUAUUGAGAUCGCCACCUACAGGAAGCUGCUGGAAGGAGAGGAAUGUCGGUGA